GCACCGCGGCGCGCUCCCUGCCGGCGGACGAGCGUGGAGCCACGCGUUGCGCCCUAGGAGUUGUAGGCCUGGUAGGGGUGGUGCUCGAAAGGGCGGGAAAGUGCCCGCGGUGCCUGUUGGCGGGGCUGCGGCCGGGGCAAUGGCUGCCGGAACUGCGGCCUUGGCGGGGAGCCCCAAGGGCUCAGGGAGGCGCGUCGGCAGGCUCCCGGCCGUGGGUUAUCUCUCAUGCUUCCUGGCCUUGUAUCAGCAGCGGUGUGGCCAGCAGGGCCAGGGCAGUGAUCAUCCCCCUCUACUGGGCACUGGAAGGAGUACAAGUACUUCCAGAGAAUGACUAGCACAUCCCAAGUGGAAGGUAAACAGAAUGCAUUGAUAAUGGGUAAAAAAACGUGGUUCUCCAUUCCUGAGAAGAAUCGUCCUCUAAAAGACAGAAUUAAUAUAGUGCUCAGCAAGGAGCUCAAGGAAACCCCAAAAGGAGCACAUUAUCUUUCCAGAAGUCUGGAUGAUGCUUUAGCUCUUUUGGAUUCACCAGAGUUAAAAAGUAAAGUAGACAUGGUUUGGAUCGUUGGAGGCACUUCAGUUUACAAGGCGGCAAUGGAGAAGCCAAUUAAUCACCGAUUGUUUGUGACAAGAAUUUUGCAGGAAUUUGAAAGUGACACGUUUUUUCCAGAAAUCAACUACAAAGACUACAAACUUCUCAUGGAGUACCCAGGCGUCCCUACUGAUAUCCAGGAAGAGAAUGGCAUUCAGUACAAAUUCGAAGUGUAUGAAAAAGCUGUCCUGACACAAUAAAUGAGGCUUCCUGUACUUUUGUGUAAAGGCAGGCAUUUUAAAUUA